AUGCCUGACUUCCUUGAAAAGCAUUCCUACAGUGAGGUAAACGAUGUUACAAAGGGCAUAUUUCAGGACGCCUUCACAACGAGCCUCUCCUGCUAUGAGUAUCUGGCUCAGAAUUCGAAACUCCAAGGAUAUAUGCAAGAAGCAAUGAGCCUCCAAAAGCCAGAGGGCGAUUGGGCGUCAGCUUUGCAUAUAGACGAAGCAGUUCAGAGCUGGAGCAUCUCAGAACCCACUCGUAUUUUGUUUGUCGACAUUGGCGGUGGCCUUGGCCACCAAUGCAUCCGAAUGCGAGAGACAUAUCCAGAUAUCGCUGGCCGGGUAAUCCUGCAAGACAUGCCCAUCACCAUCGGACGACUACCCAAGCCGAUGCCUCAUGGAAUUGAAGCUAUGGAGCAUAAUUUUGACAACCUUCAGCCCAUCAAAAAUGCCAAGUUCUACUAUGUGCGAAACGUUCUCCAUGGCUUACCAGACAGCAACUGCAUCUCCAUGUUGAAGAAGAUUGCACCAUCUAUGAAUGCGGAAUCCGUGCUCGUUAUUGACGAUAUUGUUAUCCCAGAUAUUGGAGCUCGCAGUCAGGCAUGUCAACUGGAUUUCAUAAUGAUGGCUUCAAUCGCGGGCAUGAAGCGAACGCGACAGCAAUGGCAUACUCUUCUCAAGGCUGCGGGGUUUAACGUCAUGGAGAUUCGAACUUAUAGCGAGCCAUUGCAGGACUCCUUAAUCCUUGCGUCACUGGCUUGUUAA